CGUGGCAACCACUGAGGGGCUGCGUGAUGCCGGCGCGGUCCGAGCCCUCACAGAGCCCCCACCUCCGCUGCUGCUGUUGGGAGGAGGUCUACGAAAAGGCUCCGGAAGGCAUUUUAUGAAGCUACAUAGAAGAGCACAUGGAAUACACUUAGUGAUAUUAAAAGAGGUAGAGCAGUUUGGCCUAUUACGGAAUUAUGGUUCGACUAACGACGGACCUAAUUGCUAAAAACGUCAGUCACAAGAAUCGCAAAGAAGAGGACUUCGGACAGUACCUGCGAAAAAUGACUCAUCUGAAUUUAUCAGAUAAAAAUAUAGAUGCAAUUGGUGACAUCUCUUUGUGUAGAAAUCUUAGAGUUCUGUAUUUAUAUGAUAACCGAAUCAGUCAAAUCCAGAACUUGGGCUUUGCUUCAAAUAUAACACACCUUUACCUUCAAAACAAUUGUAUUUCAUGUAUAGAAAAUCUCUCAUCACUGAAAAACCUUGAAAAACUGUAUUUGGGGGGUAACUACAUCACUGUAGUAGAGGGCUUGGAUAAAUUAGAAGAGAUAAGGGAGCUACAUAUUGAAAGUCAACAUCUCCCCCUUGGCGAAAAGCUUCUGUUUGAUCCAAGAUCUCUUAGGUCCUUGGCAAAAUCCUUGUCUGUGUUGAAUAUCAGCAAUAACAACAUUGAUCAAUUAGAAGAGCUGGCAGUUCUGGAAAAUCUUUCUUAUCUUAGAGCAGCUGACAAUCAACUUCAACAUAUGAAGGAUUUGGAGGCUGUAUUAAACAAAUGGCCAAAGCUAUGCAGAAUGGAUCUUACAGGAAACCCCAUCUGCCACAAGCCGAAGUACAGGGACAGGAUUGUUGUACAGUCUCAAACUUUAGAAUUUCUUGAUGGGAAAGAAAUUAAAGAAAUGGAAAGACAGUUCCUAAUGAAUUGGAAAGCCUCCAAAGCUGCCAGGAAAAAAAACAGAGGAAGAAUGACAAAUGAACCUGCAGACUAUCAACGUUUUUAUCAGUUCCUUUUGAAGACGUGGAGUGAAAAGCACUCAGCCUGUCAGUCUGAGACCCAAGGAAGCUGCAGUCUGCUCAAUGUUUGGAAGCUGUAUGUGAACCACAGUGGUUCUGAAAGUAAUAUUCUGUCUUCUGAAUAUGAGGAGCUGGCUUUGAAACACUGUAUCCUAUUCUUCCCUUUCACUACAGUCCAUCUCUGAAACAAAAACCAAAUUUUUUAAUUCUGUCCGAGAUGCACGGACGAGAACCUCUGCCAAGAACCACAGAAAAAAAGUAAAUCAGAGGAAAACUCAGGUUGAGGAGGAACCUAAAGCAAUGGCAAAACUCAGCUGAAUUCUAAAAGCCAGAAGUUACAGGAUGCACGGAGUUGGCCAUUAUUGGAUUUUUUUUGCUUUUUUUUUUUCUCCUCAGAACUUAAAAAGAAAGGUAUUGGCAUCUCUUUGGAUAUGUAAUUUGUGUCUUUGUAAUCUUUAAACCAGACAAGAUGAAGUUGAACUUAACACUGCCUUUUAAGUCCAUUCCACAAUACAAGGUGUCUGCCCAUUUAUUUAGAAGCAAUGUUUUGUGUUAUAAGCAUGUAAAAAUAUUAGCACUUGGUUGGCUAAACCGGUUGCCUUUUCCUUAAACUUCCUCAAAAAAGGAGUUGUUUUUAGCUAGUGUCUUACCUGGUUUGUGACCUCAGUAAGGUCACAAGGCUGGUUCCUUACGUGUAGGAUACUCUUAAUAAUUAUGCAGAGGCAUGCUAACGGUCUCAUACUUCAAGAAGAAAGGAGCACAUGAUUUUUGAGAACGUCUGCAGAAGAUCUGUAAAAUAUAAUUUCCACCAUUUUAAUUUUUCCACUUUCUGGUAAAUGAUGUGGAGUAGUUUGGAAAGAAGGCUCAAUAACAUUAAUGAUACCUGUACUGAUGAAUUUGGGGGUUGGGAAUAUUACAAAUGAAUUUGAAUUCUGCUUUAAGUAGCUGGGACUUGAGUUUGGCUGCUUUACACUAGUUUGAGUAAUUAAAUGAAAGCUCAAGACUUCAGCUAUAGGGAAAUCCAGAUGUGCAGAUAAGGAAAGCAUAGGCUGUAAAUGGCCCCUGGAAUGAAAUCUUUCCUAACGGCGUUUCUCUGUAUGAAUGUCAGCUCAACAUCUCAUGCUUGAGACCCUCUCUGAGAUAAGAAAGGAUAUGCUUUCCCACAUAAAGAAAUCAGGAUCUGUCUUUUUGCAUUCAAUAUUUGGUGUAUUGUUAUCAUUUAUAUUUUAUUGCCCUUUAGUAAAUGUAAAUCAAAUAAAUUUAACUCUUGUAUUCAUUCUCCCCCUAAGUAACA